CUAUACGCACUGUUUCUCUCUUCUUAUGCCAUUUCGUGUACAAGUAGUAAAACACUGUAUUUUAUGGAAAGAUUCAUGGGAACAUUCGGCUGUAGUCUAGAUCUUACGUUAGAUUCUGGAUGUGGUCGCACUGGUCUUGGUAACUGCUUUAGGGGAUGUGUACAUGUUAUCGCGACAUUUUACAGUCACAGUGGACCGGAAAAUCGAAAUGGCGUGGCUGACUGACAAGCUUUUGUUUACUAAACCGUCACGCCGUCUGAUUGACCCAGCGGAAGUGAUCAUGCACGGUUUGCACAACGAGUGCCCUUUUGAGCUAGCGUCCUUUCUCAAACCUAUAUGCUGGCGAGCGGAGCGCCUCGUUGCACAAAUGGAAGUUGAGGAUUUCGAUAUGAAUAUUGUUUGGGAUCGUUUAGGAAUUCGCCGAGAAAUGGAGUGCUUAACUAACUACUUAUCACCGUACUAUCCAUACUGGGUGAAAUUUUUACUGGCUACGAUCCUACUGUAUUCUUGCACUGCGCCAUUGUGGCUUCUCCUUUGGCAUUUGCUUAACGGACAGCAGACGGACAUCUGGGCACCGGAUAAAGUGACGACAGAAAGUGAUCCAGCAGGCGAUCAGAAUAAUUUUGAUGUUGCACCGGUUCGCACUAAAUUAGUGGGUAUUAGUUCGAUAUCGCGGCCAUCCACGUCCGAGGGCACGGAUACGACCCGCGACAAACUGACCGUUAACGAGCCGAUACUACAAGCCCGAUCGCUUCCGCGGGAAAGCAGUCCCUCCUUGUCAACGUCCAGUCGAUGCAGCCAACGACAGCCUUCAGUGAGUGUAACAUCCCGUGAGGAAAUGUUUCGCCAUCUGAGAGUUGAUGAUAUUGCAGAUAAGGGACCGCUCUUUCAAGUAGACUGUGCCCAGCCGGAAACGAGAGGCCCCGCUUCAGUUAGUCCCGCUCGCAGUACAGCGUCGCGGUGCUCGACCGCGCCGUGUCAAAGGCAGCCGGUGUCCCGGAGAAAAUGCAGUAGCAUCCGCCCGGAAAUCGUUCGAGCGUGGAAAGAGUUCUAUCAUAUCUUGAAUGAUAAUCUAGAGCACGUUCUAAACCCGCAUGGAUGUCAGAGAACAAAAGACACGGCAAGGGAUAUGCUGAGAAAUCGAGGUCGGAUUGUGGACGAACAUUUUCAAGCCAUCGAAAAUGAACACCUUUCAGGCUAAAAUGCUGUUUAAGUUGUUUCCUGGGAAAAAGUAGCUGAAUUUAUCUAAUUACUGUUACAAGUCUCUCAUGUAUUUGAGUAGCUCCUAAACUAACAAUAAGCAAAAUGUUAAGAAGGCUCGAAAGACUCGAAUUAAAGGUGAG